AUGGUAGUGACUGUCAAGAACAGGAAUCUCCCUCGUCGUAGUCAACAUAUGAAAUUCAAGGCUAACAAGGGGAAGCUACAGGUCGCUCCACUUGCUUUCAAUCCGCAUCUCUCUACAAUCAGCUUUUACAGCCGACAUCAGGGAUUUAUAUUUAAUAGUGAUAUUGUGAACGUUCCAAAGACGAAGAAGACAUAUUGCAAGUCUAAGGAAUGCCGGAAGCAUACCUUGCAUAAGGUUACACAGUACAAGAAGGGAAAGGAUAGUUUGGCUGUGCAGGGCAAGCGCCGGUAUGAUUGGAAACAGUCAGGUUAUGGUGGACAAACCAAACCUGUUUUCCACAAGAAGGCAAAAACUACAAAGAAGAUUGUGCUGAGGCUGCAAUGCCAGGGGUGCAAGCAUGUAUCACAGCACCCAAUCAAGAGGUGCAAGCAUUUUGAGAUUGGCGGAGAUAAGAAGGGGAAGGGCACUUCUCUUUUCUAA